AUGUCACCAACCCAGCGUGCUCGAGAGUUGAAGCGGCAGAAUGCCCUCGACUAUAUAGAGAGAACCCGUGCCUUCGUCACCAACUACAACGAAGAGCAACAGCAUCUAGUCGAACCGAGACUAGACCGUUUGGAGAAAACCUGGCUGGUUUUUGAAACAGCACAAGAUGCCUUGGAGGAGCUAUCAGAAACUCCUGAGCAAGAUGCCGAGAACCGCAAGCUUCGAGGAUCAGCUGAGGAGCUAUACCUACAGCUGAUAGCCGAACUACAGCUAUUGUUGCCUAUAGCCCCCAAAAAAGAAGUCAAGGAUGAAACUUCAAAUCCACGUAUAAAGCUUCCUACCAUUUCCUUGCCGGAAUUCACCGGAAACUAUAGCGACUGGAUCACAUACCAUGACACCUUCUUGUCUAUGAUCCACCAGUCGGCUGAUAUUUCCGAAGUGCAAAAAUUCCACUACCUGAGGGCGUCUUUAAAAGGCGAACCGGCUAGCCUUAUUCAACCGAUAGCGCUUACCGCAGCCAAUUAUAAGGUAGCCUGGAAUACUUUGUUGGGACGCUACUCCAACAAACCUCUGUUGAAAAAGAAGCACGUAAGAGAGCUGCUUACUUUCCCAAAAAUGCCGAACAGCAGUGUAGAGGCGAUACAAACCACCGUGGACGCUUUCCAGCGUCACACCCAACUUCUUGAACAAUUGGGAGAAAAUGUGCAACAGAACUGCUCCAUGUUCCUAGUUGAGCUCCUAGGAUCCAAGCUAGAUGAAGCUUCGUUAGCCGCAUGGGAAGAAGCACAAGGCGACCGCGAACCUACAUUUGCAGGCAUGCUUGUCUUUCUGCAACGCCGAGCCCGUGUGCUAGAAACGAUCGCCAUGUCCAAAGGUUCAGAUCCAAAGACAAGUAAAAAACCCAUACUACCAAAGAUGAGUGCACAUCCGGCUGUGUCUGCUACAAAGGAACCACCAAAAUGCCCUGUAUGUACAAACCAGCAUCAUCAGCUAAUUCGUUGUCCGCGCUUUGCCAACCUUAACUCGAUCGCCCGGAACGAAGUCAUUAAGGAAAACAAAUUGUGUUUUAACUGUUUCGGAGCUGCUCACUAUACCCGUGAUUGCACAUCGAAGUACAGCUGCCGGCAGUGCGGAAAAAGGCAUCACUCUAUGCUACAUCCCGACAGUGAAGCAAAUCCAUCUUCAGAAAGUGUAUCAACGACAAUGAUGGCUACCGCUGCGCAAGGAAGUAUUACCAAAAAUAUUCUUCUAUCUACAGUGGUAAUUCAAAUACGAGAUGCGUAUGGCCAACCUCACAUGGCAAGAGCAUUGUUGGACAAUGGCUCCCAACCGAAUGCCAUCAGUGAACGGUUGUGUCAACUACUGCGGCUUCCAAGGCAAAAAACGAAUAUUGCCAUUACCGGCAUUGAUAAAACCACUACAACUGCCAAACAUCUGGUUACUGCUGAAAUCCAGUCCCGCACAACUAACUACAAGCGCAGUAUAACUUUCCUGGUACUUAGGAAAGUAGCCAGUGAAACACCAACUACCACCAUCCCAAUUCACCAUUGGCACAUACCACCAGGCUAUCCUCUCGCGGACCCAGAGUUUAGCAAAUCCGGCCAGAUCGACAUCAUAAUUGGCGCGGAGCAUUUCUACUCCCUGUUAAUGGAAGGACGCCAUCCUCUUCCGGAAGUAGGAAAUGUGUUAGUGGAAAGUGUCUUCGGCUGGAUUGUAGCAGGAUCAAUGCCGAAUAUUAAUCCACCGGUGACUGUUAGAUGUCACACCGCAGCUAUCGCUCCUACCGUCGAUGAGCUGCUACAACGAUUUUGGGACAUCGAAGAACUGCAAGACAACGCACUAACCAACGAAGAAAACGAAUGCGAAAAGUAUUACCAGCAGACCGUCUCCCGUGACCCAUCGGGUCGAUACAUCGUCCGUAUGCCGAAACAUCCUGAGCAUGAACAACUCUUGGGUGAAUCCAAGCCAGCUGCCAUUCGACGUUUCCAUCUGCUCGAAAAACGCCUAACAAAAGAUCCUGAGCUUAAGGAACAAUACCAUAACUUCAUGAGCGAAUAUCUGCAGUUGGGCCACAUGACUGCCAUUGAAAAUAAUUCAUCCGAGCAUGGUGCGUAUUACCUUCCACACCACCCCGUUGUGAAAUCCUCUAGUACUACUACCAAAAACGCUCCGCAUUUACGCCCGGAUACCAUCAAGCUGAGCUACAUUGUUUUGCAGACGCAUCAGAAUCAGCGCUUGGUGCAUGCAUCUAUAUCCGCUCAACUGACCCCGACGGCAUCACCCAAGUGA